AUGACGGCCACGCGCUACACAGGAGACUUUCGUUCUCAAGCGAAUCUACAAUUUCAAGUAUUACGCGAAUUGUGUAAUCGAUCAAAAACUGUUUUAUCCAACAAUAUUGAGUCAUUUUAUGAUACAGAACUUAUUUCAGGCUAUUUGAUGGGAGAAAAUCUAUUGCGUGUUGAUACUGAAGCCGCCAUCGAUACGUUUAAAAGUGGCACUUAUGGGGAUUUCCAGCAGUCGAUUCAAUUUAUUCGCGCGGUUAUGGUAGGGAAUGUAAUGGUAUCUGGAAUUGAAACAACAGGUAUAAUACUUUAUUACACGCAGAACGGUAUACCAGUACUUACUUAUUCGGUUACUAAUUUCCGAAAUGCCGCUUGUUGUAGUUGCACCUGCGAUACCGCUGAUACUUGUUCUGUGAUGGCAGGCUUUUACAAUGAUAGCUUAGUCGAUACUUUCGCGACAGUUGCUUAUUGGCCAGGCAGUGUAGAUGUAUCAUUCGUAAUGAAUAAUUGGUUCGUAGGAGUGAUAGAAGUGAGAACUUCGUGGUGGCAACGAAUACAGACAAUAAUUCAAUUAUUAUGGCGUUCACUUGUCGAAUUAAAUAUGUUCAAAUCCUCAGCUCGGCAGGAACCAUCUGAUAUCAAACAACAACGAUGGACAACACGAAUCUUCGUUCUAUGUCUCGUUGUUGCAAUGGUUAUUCUCAUGUUUUAUUCGAUAUUGAUUGUUCAAACAAAAUCGGUUAAAGUAAACAAUCCAUCACUUGAGAUCGUACUCUACUUAAAGUCACAAAGCGAAUUGAAUUCUUCUCUUCAAUGCCCAUGUACACGAAUCAACACUCCCUAUGGACAACUUGUACAACUUCAACCAUCCUAUCAUCAAGUAUGCUCAAGUGUCUUCGUAUCAUAUGCAUGGCAUCGAUUUUUGAUAAACAGUUCAGUGAAUACUUUACUUUCGGAACUUUUUAUUGAAAACUGGAGUCAAAUGUUGAGUUAUUCAUCCUAUUUUAAUCAAUGUCAACCAGCAUCAUGUUCAUAUAAAAUUGCAAUGCAUAAUAGUUUACUGCAAACAAUCACAACUAUUUUUGGUCUUCUCGGUGGAGUUGCUGUCUCUCUGCGCAUCUUGGUUCCCUUCGUUAUGACGGCUUGUUUCGCUUUUAUUUCUCGACGAGGACGUCAACGUGUAGCUACUGAACCGAGUAAUUCCUUUCCUGAAUCGACUCUUGAUACUGGUCACUCGAAUUCGACAUUGGUUACAAGAAAUAAAUGUAUUCGACGAUCCAAAUAA